AUGGUCUCAUCGUGCACCUACACACUUUCUAACAAUGUCAACAUUUUCUUUACUGACAGUGGAGCUCCCCCUGGCUCUAGUGAUUACACUACCGUUGUUAUAUUGCAUGGCAGCGCUUUUACAGGCGACACAUUUGAGAAGCUUCAUGCGCUCGCCCAUAAAUCUAACCUACGCACCGUUGUCUGGAACCGUCGAGACUAUCCUGGUUCUACUGGAUACUCCGAUGGCGAACUCCAAGAGCUGCAUAAUGGAGAAAAGACAUUCCUGGAUCGCCUUGCUAUUCAAAUGGUAGAAUUCCUUCUGCUAUUCAUUGAGAAGGAAGCCGUACCCAAAAUCAGUCCCGACCGCCACCUGGGAGGAUUCGCCAUCAUGGGGUGGUCCAUGGGCACCACAACCGCUAUGGCUUUGUUUGCCGAUGCUGAUCUUCUGUCCUGUGCCCAGUAUGAUAUGCUAGAGCUCUACGUGAAAGACCUUAUCUUAUAUGAUCCACCACUCGUAUCAAUCGGUAUAGAGGUUCCAGACGACGCAAAGCCGUAUGAUCCCUGGACUGACCCCGAAUACAAGACCGCUGAAGAAUUGUAUGGGAACUUUUGCCAAUGGGUCACUGGUUAUUAUGACCACCCCAGUUGCCCGACCAUUUACAAUAUGGACUUUCGUAAACGAACAGAUCGACGAUCGUGUACUUCUUGGACAUCGGGGCAGUGGGCCAGGUAUUACAACGAAGGUGCCUCAGUGAGGUCCGAGAUACAUAUGUAA